CUGUCCUUGAAUCAAGGGGCCACAUCCAUGUUCAGGCUCCUUCAUGAUCCUCGUAGUGAGUAUCUAUUCAAGACAGUCCGCCUCCAAUAUUGAGUCCUUUUUCUAGUGCGAUGACCUGCAAUGAUGUGAACACGAGAAAAAGUCUUGAAGAUUAAGCUCUGGUAGUAGUAGUAAGCAUGGCUUUUAUGUGGUAGAUAUAUCGUUACGUCAAGUCGAGCUUGCUCUCUCACUAAGACUAACUAACUAACUUACUAACUAACUAACUAACUAACUAACUAACUACUUAACUAACUAGCGCUAAAAAUCUACCAGAAGCUAUAUCCUUUUUCCUUAUGAUCUAAGAUCUUCUCCCGCGUGGCUUCCUUGUAACUAUAUUAAUUCGUCCAAAAUUGUGCAUCGAGAAAAGCUCUAAUGUUUCCACCGCAAAAGAAAGCGUCUGGGUCUGCGGCGGAGCAGGGGUCGAUUUUUGGCUUCGGAGAGCAAACAGAGGAACAAACAGUGUUUCCUCCGCCAACGCCUGCGCUGUCGAUUUUCGGCUUCGGAGAGCAAACAGAGGAGCCUUGUGGUGAGCCACUGCCCGAGUGCGAGAUGCAAAUUAUGGUCUUCUGUGGUAAUAAUAAUAGUUCUACUGGUCUUUCUUUCUCUGGACUAUGUUGUAAGCUUUUUCUCACACUUGACCAAGUUGGCCCGCUGAACAAGAGCUGACUGAGACAUAUUGCGGUUAAUAUUGAAGGGCUUAUAGUUACUCGAAGCCUUGAAGUAUUAAGCAAGUAUAACAAAUUCAAUAACUACCGAGUAUGACCCAUGAGUACUAGAUGCGCGUAGCUCUGGACCAUGAUGACCAAACAAGCCAGCAGGAACUAUGUGACUAAAAAUCGCUGUACCUACAAGAAGGCACCGACGAGCUACUAAACACAAUUAGCAACGCCUCGCGCUAGGCGCUGGCGCAUCAUCAUCAUUACCAGCAUCACCAUCGCCAUCAGCUCUAACCACAGCCCCUUGCAGGACCAUCCUGGCGAUGAUAGCGAAUCUUGCGCAGGAGAAGACGGGGACGACACCACACUGGCUGGAGAGGGCGAAGGAGAUGAACACGAACAACAGUAG